AUGGCCUCUUUGCUUACCCAGCAAAAGCAAGUUGUGAGAGAUCUUGAAGAAGCAAAGGUUAAGGUAGGGAUACUUGAGACUAAUGCUUUUGUAGCAAACUUACAAGUUCGGCCUACCUUGCUAGAUCGAAUAAAGGAGGCACAACAGAAUGACCCAAAUUUGAUGAAGAUUCUAGAAGAAAUAGAGCGAGAUGAUUGCUUCACCAAAAACGAUAUCAUCUUUGCGAACCGCCCUCGACUGCUUGCCAGAAAACACCUUGGCUAUGAUUACACCACCAUUGUCUCGGCCUCCUCCGGCCACCUCUGGCGCAACUUAAGGAGAAUAACCACCAUUGAAAUCCUGUCAACUAGUCGCAUUCAAAUGUUCUCCAGCAUACAUGGUCAUGAGGUUUACUCACUAAUUUGCGGCUUUUUAGAGGCUCUGGUGACGGCGAAUACCACACGGUGGAGAUGA